AUGGCAACAACUAAGAAACUCUCUGCUUUCUUUUGCUUCUCUUUACUCUUAUGUCUUCUCUUCACCACUAACCAAACCAUAUCCGAAUCCGACCACAUGGAAACUUUCUGCAGCAAAUCAUCCCAAAACUUCACUCGCAACUCAACUUACCACACAAAUCUCAACACUCUUCUCACCACUCUUAGCAACCAAUCAUCGCUCGCUAACUAUUACAACCUCACGACAGGUCAAGCUUCAGACACAGUCCAUGGGAUGUUCUUAUGCACAGGAGACGUCAACAGAACAACUUGCAACACCUGCGUCAAGACCGCAACUAUCGAGAUCUCCAAAAACUGUAGUAACCAUCGAGAAGCAGUCAUCUACUACUUCGAUUGUAUGGUUCGUUACUCAGAUAAGUUCUUCCUCUCGACAUUAGAGACACAGCCUAGUACCUAUUGGUGGUCUACCGAUCCAAUACCCAAAUCAUUUGGUAAAUUUGGACAGAGGUUGUCUGAUAAAAUGGGAGAAGUUAUCGUUAGAUCGUCUAAGUUAUCUUCGUCGAUUACACCAUAUUAUCUUAUGGAUACGACUAGGUUUGAUAACUUGUAUGAUCUUGAGUCUAUUGUUCAAUGUACACCUUAUUUGGAUCCUGAAAAUUGCACCACAUGUCUAAAACUUGCGUUUCAAGAACUCACUCGCUGUUGUAGUGAUCAGCUUUGGGCUAUGAUCUUCACUCCUAAAUGUUUGGUGAGUUUUGAUACCUACAAUUCAUCGUUGCCGCCGCUUCCACCGCCGAGUCGUAGCGCUUCCUUCUCGAUUAGAGGAAAUAAUAAAAUACUUGGGGGAAUGGUUCUUCCUGUGGCCGCUUCGGUGUUUGCAUUUUUGGGUUUGUGAUGAAAUUUGGAUUUUUGCAUGCUCAGACUUGAUAAGAGCAAAAGGUUCAUUGUUUUCGUUAAUUACGUUUCAUGCUUAUGUCUUUUUCUUUUAUUUUCUCCUUUCAUGUGGUUAUUUAUUCAGUUGUUGUAAUGGAUCUUUUCUUUUUAUAAUGAAUUAGGUAUUUACUCGCG